AUGGACAAGCUUGAAACUUUCCAACGUAAUGAUCCUAGAAAGCUAUUUGAAUUGGCUAAAAAGUUGAAUGAGCGACUGUUCUUUGAGAUCUUCCUUAAUGAAACUCAAUUCAAAAUAAUUGAUUAUAUUCUAUCAUUGAAUAAUUUCGAGAUUUGGACCAAUUUUUUGGAAGGUAAUUGUUACAUUUCCUAUUUGAAACCUGAAGACAAAACUGAAAAAACAGAGACACCAAAAGUGGAUGAAAUUGAAAAGGAAGACACCGAGAAUGCUGGGGAGAUAAUUCCAAACAGCAGUGAUAGAGAUAUCCCAACUUUCAAUAACAUUAUUGAAAAGAAUGAAACAAACAAGGAAACCUUGCACUCUGAAUUAGACACUCCAGAGACUUUGUUUCCUGAAGGGGCAGAAAUGAGUAAGAAAUUGGCAUUACAUGUACGAUACCUCUUAUGGGAAAAAGCCAUUGAUUUCUAUUACAGUUCUAAACGAUUGGAUGAAUCAAAUAACAUAUUGGACGAGGUCUCUGAUGAUUACCAGUUGAUUGAUUCGUUGGACAACAUUCAGGAUGAAAACCCAUCUAAUGAAUCUGAAACAAAGCAAGUUAUCGAGAAACCAAAAGUGAGAGAAGAGGAUGAUGAUUAUGACGAUGACGAUGAAGAUGAUGAGGAAGAGAAUGACAAAAAACAGAAUGCAACUGAUUUAUCAAAUGACAAAUCCAAUUUAUCAGAGAACAUGCUAGUGUAUAAUUCAAAUGAACAACUUGUGCUAGAUGUUCCACUAUCCAUAUUCAAGGCUAAGCAACAAGAAACCAAUGGCACUCAAGGGCGAAUAUCUAAUCUGUUACUGGCAGGCGAUACAUCGACAGCAAACAGUGCAGGGAUGAUUAAACCUUUAGAAAGCAGCAAUGAAGAUCAAGAUAAACUUAUUCAAGAAUUCAACAAAGUGUAUCACAAUUUUGAAUAUGACAGAGAGACUUUACUAAAGAGGAGGAAAUUAGAAAAAUCGGAUAAACAGUUGGAAUCCAAAAAGACAAAUAAAGGUGACGAUUCGUCCGAUCCGAAAUCUGCUGCUCAUAUCGAUAUGAAUUUGGGGGCGGCAUCUACAUCCUUACAGCAUUUGCUUUCGACAAUUCAACUGAAGCGAGAUGAAGUUCCCUUGAAUGAUCAUGAAUUAAGGACAUUAUUUAUGGAUAUUCGAAAAAACAGAGGUAAAUGGGCCAAUGAUGAUAGAGUUGGACAAGAAGAAUUAUAUGAGGCUUGUGAAAAAGUGGUGACUGAAUUAAGAGGUUAUACCGAACAUUCUACGUUUUUCUUAAACAAAGUUUCCAAAAGAGAAGCUCCCAAUUAUGGUUUGAUUAUCAAGAAACCAAUGGAUUUGAAUACAGUUUUGAAGAAGUUGAAAAAUUUAGCGUACAAUUCAAAACAGGAAUUUGUCGAUGACUUGAUGUUGAUUUGGAGUAAUUGUCUUACAUAUAAUGCUGAUCCUUCACAUUUUAUCCGAGCACAUGCUGUAGCUAUGCAAAAGAAAACUAUCAAAUUGAUCCCAACCAUUCCCGAUAUCAAAAUAAGGAGUAGAGCUGAAGUUGAGAAAGAAGAAGAGGUAGAGAAUGGGAAAAGAGAUGAUGAAGAGGAUACGUUAGGUGGCAAAUCAAUGAAAAAGGGAAGGAAAAGAUCGAGACAAGAUGAAAUUAAGGCAGAGGCAGAAAUACCACAUUCACCAUCACCUGCAGGAACCCCAUUGCCCAGCGAUACGAAUUCAGUGCAUGAGAGCACACCAGCGCCUACAGACAAUGGGAAUUUGUCAAAUGACGAAGAAGAAGAAGAGGAGGAAGAUGCAGACAAUAUUAAUGGGACUGGUGCCGCUCUCAAUGGUAUAGUAGAAGCAGAUGAGGAAGAAUUUGACCCUGAAUUGCAGGCAUGGAGGACAUUAACAGCAAAGUCAAGAGCUAAUUAUUGUGAGCAAAGAGCUGACUUGUUUGAUGAAAAUGGGCAUCUCAAAAGCGACGCCCCCGCUAUUUGCCGGAAAUCCAAUGAAAUGUCAAACUUCAACGAGUAUUUAAACAACAAAGAAGUUAUAUCGAAAUCAAAGAGUCUACUAGAAAAUGAUGAACCCUAUUUACUUGAAUAUGAUGUGGCUGGUGGUAUUCCCGGUAUUGCAUACCAAGGGGUUGACAAAGAAAGUGAAGAAAGCUAUGAGAACAAGCUAGUUGAUAUAUAUUUACAACAAGCUAGUGGGGAUGCAUCUAAACUUAAAUCUGAUUUUGUCCUAUCAACAAACUCAGGGUUGAAUAAAGUAUAUUUUGAGAAUAUUUGUGAGAUACAAGAAAUUAGAAAAAUCUGUUUCAAAAUUUCACUUAUUCGUCAAAUGCAAACACAACAAUUUGUACAUCAUACGCAGAUGAAACAACCAGAGAUUCAAACAUUAAAAGAGGUGGAUGUUGAUGCCGCUUCAAAGUUGCCUAACCAUGACAUUAGUACAGGUGAUGUUCAGUUUUCGGUGUUUCGAAGAAAUAUUGCGAAAAUUGCGAUGCAAACUGGGUUUGAAACAACGCAACCGGCAGCCAUUAAUACUUUGACUCAAGUGGCAGAAAGAUAUCUUGGGAAUUUAAUUAAAUCGUUAAAGUUGCACAGUGAAACGACAUCGUAUAAUCGAUUAUCUCCACGUGAACUUUUGUUGUUAUCAUUACUAGAAAAUGGUGUCGACAGACCUGAUGAUUUGUAUACGUUUGUUCAAGAAAGAGUGGUGAAACAGCAGGCUAAGCUCAAAGAUUUACGGCUCAAGUUGUCUAAUUUCUUGAAAGAUUUACUUAGACCAGGAUUAGAGAAUUUCAGUGAAAAAAGUUUUGAGGAUAAUAGUGAACAAUUUAUGACCGGUGACUUUUCCAAUGGAUUAGGGGACGAUUUCUUUGGGUUUAAAGAAUUGGGAUUAGAUAAAGAAUUCAAGAUGUUAACAUCGUCGAUCCCAGUUUAUUUGUUGCAUUCACGUUUACACAAUCAAUUUACUUCCAGUGGUAGCUCCGCCCAAAGAAACAAGUAUGAAGAUUUACAAGAAUAUGAACCAGAGAAGAUCCAUGGUAAUGAAAUUGAAAAACAAAUUGGUAUAUUGAUACCGUUUUACAAGAAGUUGUAUGAAAAAUCUCAAACAUUUUAUGUCAAAGCCCAGAAAAAGAAGGGUGAAUCAUUGGAAAUUCCGCCUGAUGAUAUUUUUGUUUUGACAGAAGAUGAAGAUUUGCCACAAAAACAAAGAAACGUCAGACCAAAAUUACCACCAACCGGUAGAAUUUCUUCUAUUAAAAAGAAAAUCAUUGCUAAUUCAUUUUUCUUACCCGAGGAAGAAGAGUUACAGAAACAGGAGAUGGAAUUGAAGGCAAAAGAGGAAAGAGAUGCUGCACAAGCAGCUCAAGCAAUGGAAACAGCGCAGUCAAUGGAAACAACAGAUACAUUGGAAACUGUAGAUACACCAGAUACAUCGGAUAUAGCAGAGAUGCUACGGGAAUUGGAGUCUGCAAGUGCACUAGAGCCAACGGAGGGAAAAUUAGCAGAAGAACAAUUCAAUACCGAAGAGAAGAAAGUAGAUUUACCAAAGGAAAAUAGAAAUGAACAUGAACUUAAAGUUGAACCCGAGCCUGAGCAAGUUAAAAUGAUUGGAACUAAACCUGAAGAUGGAGUUGACAAAGGAAUUGAAAAUAAACAAGAGACUGAAAACUAUAAGGCGCCUGAACAUAAAGAUGAUAACCAAAUUGGAAAUAUUGAAUCGGUUUUGCCAGAUAAAAAGGAGAUCGAAAAUCUCACUAAACAAUCAGAAGUUGAUUAUGAUGAAACCUCCAUUGAAUCUUUGUUUGGAGAGAAAGAAUAA